CUACCCUUCGAAAAUGGUUUCCAUGCAACACCACGACAACAUCACGAGAUCUCAGAUCAGAUAUCCUACGUGAAGUGUGUUUACGAUAGCACGCGAUGAUUACUUGGUGUGUUGUCGAUGAGAUUGCAAACGGGAACUAGCUAUGACGUAAGACUGUAGAAUGGGUAGGAACUUUCCAUUGCUGUUUUCUCUCUUCGAUUAUCCCUCGUCAUGGCUUCGUCAAAUCCAAUCAUCUACCAGAACGCGGAGGCGGACGUCAUUCUGAUUGACAUACCGACUUCUAUCGCAGCAGCACAAGGCGACCGCUCGGGUGUGCUGCUCUCUACUGCGCCCUUGGAAGCGCCCAUCGAAUCGAAGGAAGACUACCGACCCAAGGCGAAGAAACAUAGAGCGAACGAGACUCAAGCCCAAGGCACGGUGACUACGCAGCAUGUCAAUCACCGCAGUUUGCCACCUGUGACAGUGGCAGAAGCCUCCCAACACGAGUUCCAUUCUCUGCAUCUUGACGACCUGCGGUACAAGGUUCUCGCUGAACAUGCACUCCGCAAAAUUCGCGCGCAGGUUCCAGGACCGUGGUGCGCACAACGCAAGUUAAUGACCCUAGAAUCAGUCCGUGGGAAGGAUGUCGCCAUGGACGUUGAUCAAAUUUCUGAAAAAGAGCUCGAGUCCCGAAUGAAGGAGUGGGCUUCAUGGAGCGAGAGCAAGGAAGACGAUACCGCAUUCAAUCUGCAGCAGAUGAUGGCGUCUCUUGGCGCAACUUCCGAGGUCGCAGAACCGGCCACUGUGGCACCAAAGUGGAUCAUGUCGUCCUGCCCUGCCCGUGAGACUGCAAGUAACACACGGGUCGCGGAAACGGUCUCGCCAGACAUAGGGGCACAAACCGACCCGUGGACAGGCGCCUUCCACAACCCCAACCACCACUCCCUGUCGCUAUCAAUCGCUCAGAACACGUCGCAACCUGCUCAGCUGGGUCCCGAGUAUCGUUUCACCGUACCACCUCGAUCCACAUUCUUCCUCAGCGAUUCCACAGCGUCGGAAGCCUUCCGUACCUCAUUUCGUGAACUCACAGAUGAGUUCACCCUUCCACGACACUUCGACCUAGUACUGUUGGAUCCACCAUGGCCCAAUCGUUCAGCCAAGCGGAAGGGGGCGUACGAACAAGUCGGCGGCAUGCCGUACCUCAAGAAGAUGCUGUUGAGCAUGGAUAUCGACAGCUAUCUGGAACACAAUGCGCUGGUCGGCGUCUGGAUCACGAACAAGGAGGCGCUGAGGGAACAUGUCCUCGGCUCUGGUGGACUGUUUGAGAUAUGGAACGUGGGCUUGAUCGAGGAGUGGAUAUGGAUCAAGACAACAACCAAAGGCGAGCCCAUGUUCGACAUUGAUAGCGCCAUGCGCAAGCCCUAUGAAAUUCUACUGCUAGGUCGCGCAGCCCCGAACUCAUGGACGACAAUGACACACGCGCCAACAGUCAAGAGGAGAGUUAUUGCUGCUGUGCCAGAUAUCCACUCACGAAAACCAUGUCUGAAGCAGUUACUCGAACCCUUUCUUGCGGAUCCGACUGAUUACAGCGCGCUUGAGGUCUUUUCUCGGUACCUUGUCAGCGGAUGGACGUCUUGGGGUAACGAGGUACUGAAGUAUAAUUGGGAUGGCUACUGGGCCCCGGCUAGAAGCACCGUGGCCUCUACGAAGUAGGGUUUCAUUUCGCUGGGACAUGGCAUCUGUAGUGGCAAACCGUAGUUGAGUGGUAUGUGCAUCUCAUGCAAGGAUAAAGCUGAACACCCUGGAUCCUAGGUUGACGUUUGCAUACCUACUUCGCAUGUUUUUUGUCUUAAUGUAGGCUGCAGAUCUGUUCAGGCCUUUCCUUGUAUGAGGUACGCGUGGGAACCGCAAGUUGGCUGAUCUAGACCGACAAUGGUCUGUGGAAGUAUGCGUUGCUCUGAUGAAUAAACCACGUGGUUUUUGAGAGGGCAUAUCAAACGAUCAUUCAUCCAAAGGAUGAGAUAGUAAUUGU